AUGGAUGCUAGUAUGAAGUCACCAGAAUUGGAUGGUCACAACUAUUCCUUCUCGAAGGCACGGAUGGAGAUUUACCUUCAGGCACAAGGUACCAGAGUAUAUCGUACUGUCCUCACUGGAUGGAGUCCUCCAACAAUCCAGAAUGCUGAUGGAACUGCUGAGGCCAAACCUAUUGAUACAUGGACUGAGGAAGAAAUGACAUCCUCAGAUCUAAACAAUAAGGCGUUGAGUUCUAUUGUAGGAUCUCUGCAUGAAUCUGUCUUUACUCUUGUCACCGGGAUACAAGAAGCAAAACGAGUAUGGGACACCCUUGAAACCAGAUAUGAAGGUACCAGUGAUGUCAAGCAGUCAAAACUUCAGCUGGUUCUGUCAGAGUUUGAAUCUCUCAGGAUGAGUGAAGAGGAAACAAUUUCAACCUUUCACAGUCGAGUUCAGAAUUUGAUGAACAGGGCUUCUGUUCUUGGUGAACCUUUUACUGAUGAAAAAGUGGUCAAAAAGAUUCUUCAAUCUCUUCCCAAACGUUUCAGAAUGAAGGUGACUGCAAUUCAGGAACACUCAGGUUGGGAAAAGAAGCCUGUGGGAGAACUUAUGGGAAGUUUACAUACUUAUGAGCUUGAAGUUCUAGCUGAUGACGAACCUGUAGCCAGCAAAAAGGGCAAGUCAGUAGCUUUUGUUGCUGAAGCUGAUCGAGAAUCUGACACAGAUGAAAUAGAUGACGAAGCUUUGGCCCUGCUAACAAAGAACUUUAAGAAAAUAUUGAAAGGCAUCAACCGAAGGAGUCAAGGACAACCUAACAGGACACAAUACAAAAGUGAUGACUUUGAAGAGAGACAUACACAAUUGGAACUGGAAUUUGCCAAACUAGUUGGAAGUUGGGAACAACUAGUGAAAGUCAACAAGAGUCUGAAUGAAGACCUGAAGCAGCGAGAUGAUCUCCUGAAGAAACUAAACACUGAACUUGUCACAAAAGAAGAUCUUAUUACUCAGAUAAGAUCGCGAGAGGGAAAAUUGAUAAAAGAGCUGGAAGAUCUAAAGAAGAACAUCAAGAUGAUGGAUACCACUUCUACCUUAGACAAAAUCCUGGAUUCUGGCCGAAACCCCAAUGAUAAAAAGGGACUCGGUUUUGAACGUGGUGAGUCCUCAAAGACAGUGCCAGUGUUUAUCAAAGAAGGUACAUCAGUUGGUAAAUCAGUCCACAGUUAUGAACAAGGUCAGACAUCACGAUCAGUACAGAUAAAGCAGAAAGGAAUUAUGCACACCCAGAAUGCUGAAACUGAAACUGGCAAAGUUUGGGUCAGGAAAUCAGAAGUAAUAUGCUAUCCCACAGUGGUUCUGACUGCUUCUAUGACUGAGGCAAUAUGGUACUUUGACAAUGGGUGUUCCAGACAUAUGACUAGGAAUGUCAAGUGUCUCAUGGCUGUUCAACCUAAUAGUGGCUGGGUAUACUUUCUGAGAGAAAAAUCUGAGGCAUUCAAUGCGUUCAAGACUCUAUGCACAAGAGUACAAAAAGAAAAGGACGAGUCCAUCAUACAAAUUCAAAGACUGAGAAGUGAUCAUGGGAAAGAGUUUGAAAAUUCCUUAUACUCAGAUUUCUACUCUGAAAAUGGAAUAGCUCAUGAGUUCUCGGCUCCCAGAACAGCACAACAGAAUGGUGUAGUGGAAAGAAAGAAUAGGACUUUGUAG